AUGGUAAGGAGACCCUCGUAUAGCACUAUAGAGUCGCUGCGGGAACUGCACUACAACUUAGACUAUCCCACGGACAGGAAGUUAUUGUCUGAACUCCAGCUCGAUUCCUCUUCUCGUUUCUAUGCUCGUUCCAGAAAAAGAACGCUUGAUCUUCCAAGCUUGCUUCCGUAUGCAACAGAAAACCCACAGGACCAGGCCAAGUUCUUGAGUCACAUCGUAUCGCAUCUCUAUAUAGCCAUCAAGACGUUGGAUAUUCAGGGCUCACUUCUGGUGCUGGCCAAAGACAUUGCUGCUUUGAAGGAUAUCGCUGGCUUAUCGGAUAUUGACCUUGCGCUCGAAACGAAUUUGUUCGAAAUGAACGCUUCAUCACAGGAUUUAGCACAAACUGAAGGUGCAGAAGACGAAAACUACUUAUCUGUAGAAUAUGAUACAGAUACAGACCACGAGGGGGAGGACGAAGAAGACGAUGCCGAUGAAGACGAUGGUGAAAGUGAAGGUGCGGUGCAACACAAAAAAUCGCCCAAAUCAGCAGCUGUAGUCUCAGUCAGAACAUGGACUCACGAGUUGCUUGUGUGGUUGAAGAUGAAAUACGACAUGCCCGUAAAGUUACGCAUGUCUUUGGCCAAAGUAUACUAUGCCAUCUGCCUUUCACGUGGUCAACACAUUGGACUCAAGACCUACGUCAAAGUCUUUGAGCUACUCACCAAAGAUGUUCGUCUCUUGAAGCAGCAGCACUUCAAAUUGGACUGGAAACAGUUACAGCAAGAAUUGUCUUACCAUUUUCCACCUGUAGAUACGACAUUGGACCAGUUUGAGAAGAAGGAACACAAGCAAAUCUUGCGUCUCGCCGCCAGAGCUUCCCAUUUCUUUCCGGAAGACUCAUUGGCUAGCAUAUAUAAGAAACUUGGUAGUCAGUUUUCCAUAACGAACGCUUCUUUAGUGAUGUCUUCGAUGUCUUUGUUGCCUCAUACGUUCGUUGCUGGUGGAGAAGACAACGAGAACGAUAUACGCCACUAUAUCCCUUCGUUCUUUUACAUGUGGCAGAAACUUAGUCAUGCUCUGGGAUUUGAUGCGCAAGUUACUGCAAGACUAGGAGUUGUAGCCAUGUCUGCUUUGACAAAACUUAACGACGAUGCGCUGGCUGGUGAAUAUUUGAAACUUGGAAAAUUCGGAAUUUUUACGGAGGAUCAAAUGGAAUACCUCAUCAACUCGCUUAUUAACAGCUUGAGUAUAAUGGUCGAGAAGUAUUCUUCGUUGAAGACGAAAUACUUCCAUGGAUUUGCAUCUGCUAUAGUCUACUCUCUUAAUGGUUCUAGUGCUUUGGAGCCUCAUGGCCUAAUAUACUACUUGAGGACUUUGCUCAAUGCUAUUGAGAGUUAUGUUCAUCCAUCAAAUACUGGUGAAUGGUCUCGUCCCAUUUCGAAAUUGGUGCUCAGCUUGAUAUACCAAUUCCACAAACGUUUUAACACCGAAAAUGAGAAGGCUGGAGUGUUGCAUGAUUUACCGGUCGAAUUGAAGCUAAGUGAUGAAGUGGUAACAGAAUUUGUCACCAUGUUCUUGCCGAUCAUCAGAACAGGCAUUCAAUCCAAAAAAAGUAGCGCUACGGACGACUAUUUGUCUUCAGUACAAUUACUUGCAUUCUUGAAACCAGACAUGGUACUAGAAUAUUUGUUGGUAGAUAUAUACGAGUCUCUUCAGGGAGUGAUUUCUACCCAUAGAGUCAUCAUUGCACUUAGAACAAUAGAAUCAUUGUCAAGAUUUUUUGCUUCAAGACCAAUUUUCCGAGUACACGUUACUACGAUUUUGCAAUUGGCAUUGCCUGGUAUUGAUACAAAUGAUUUAGAGAAGACUAUCCAUACAUUAGAUGUAUUUGCGUCCAUUUCCAAUUUUGCACCUUUUCACGAUUUGACCAACGGAUAUGGUGAUCCAGCAAUUGCAUCUCAAUUUGUACAGGGUCAUUUAGAGCACUUGAAGGCGAAGAUGUAUAUUGAGAAGGAAGAGAUUCCAUUUGAGGUCAAUCAUGAACUUGAACUUGAAGCGCUCAAGUCAUCUACUUCUGCAUUUAAGAGAAUUAUGAACUCUCUUAGUGAAAGAUUAUUCACCCUUCUUAAGAAUAUCCCAGAUCCAUCCAAAAGUGAUGGAAUAGAAAAGGAUUUGGCCGAGUCCUUACCAAAGUUCUUGUAUGUACUUUUAGAGUCAUUGUCUGACGAUAUAUUUGAAUCAUUCCGGAAUGAGUUCUUUGAUUUUGUCCUUAACAACACUUAUCAUACCAUUGCUGAUGUUUCUGCGGAAAUUUGUGGUGGUUUGAUCAAACGUGACCCAAAGAGCUUCAAGAAGUAUUCUUCUAUCUUCAUUGACAGAAUUAUCGAAGAAGUAGAAGAAAAUGGAGCCGGAGUUUCUAGAACUGGUGUAGAAAUCUUGCCUCGCGAUCAAGCCUUAUUUUGGAACUUGGUAAUAUUAAAUGAAUGUAUUGGGAAUGCCGGUACGUAUGUUGUUGACUCUUCCAAAAAAUUGAUGAAGCUAUCCUACUUCCUCAUGGAGCAUGUUAAGGGUCCAACAGUAUUCUCAAGUUCUUAUCUUGUCAAUCAGAUGUUGCAAGCAGUCACAAAGGUUAGACUUAACGAGAAUAGAAUCAUCGCUCCCGCAUACGAAAGUAAAUACGGAGUUGAUGAAAAGUGUUGGGGAGCAUUUCAAUUUGACGAAGAUAGAUUUCUGGAAGAAAAGACCAAUUUUGACUGGUUUAUUCCAACAGAUAAAGAAAUUUCAUUUGCUGUGGAAUGCUUCAAUGGCCAUGUGUCCAAGAGUUUGGAUAACAUUCUGAACUUGAUGAAAUCUUUUAACAAGGAGAGCCAUCUAGAUGCUUCGAAGUCUCUUCAACUAUCUGACGAAUUGAGGAUGAAUCUUUUAUAUUUGGGGUACUGUUUGAGUGGUGUCUCUUAUUUGUUAGAUCCAUCAUUCAAUGAGGAUAUUCCAAAGUUGAACCAUCAAUCAGAGUCAAUACAGCAACAUCCAGAUGAUCAACAAGAAGAAGAAAAGGAGAAGAUCACUCACUUCCAAGAUCAAUCGUACUCUGCUGUCAGAGAACAUUUUUUCGCAUCGCUCGGUAAGUCCGAGUCAUUGGAAAUGCCAAUAACAGCAGAUAUUUCUGCUAGAGCCACUCCACAAAUCGAGGGGGUUGAUAUGUCUAGUAUGAAUCCUGCCAUUACUUUUAGAGAGAGAAAGUUAUACACGUCAAACUACUACUUUGGAGAUGACAUGGAAAACAGAAAAUCAAGUGACUUGUAUUUGAAAUUGCACAAGACAUACCACUUGAUUGGGAAGAGUUUACAUAUCAUCUGCAAAUUCUUGACUGCAAACUUUCUCGACAACACGAAGAUUUUCAAGCAUUUUAUUUAUGUUGCAAAUAUCUGGUUUGCUGAUGUUGGAAGAGAGAGAAUGCUUGACUCAAGUCACGCUAGAAUCAACUACGGUUAUGUUAGCAGCAUCCAAAGCAUCAAUAGAGUUCGUAAACCGUUCACGCGUAUUGCUAUUAGUGCUAGACUCGAGGCUUAUCAUCUGCUCAGAGUUGCUUUGCAUGCAACUUCAAGAACUCAAACAGAUCUUGACCGGUUUCUUCUUGAAGAUAUUGUAAAAUUGUCUGUAUCCACAUAUAUUGCUAUUGCAAAAUCAUCGCAAUCUUUAUUGUUGGAUGCGAUGAAGAGAUUGAAUGGUUCAUACAGUGUUAUCGUCAAAUCUGCCUUCAAAUAUCUCACGAGAGCUCUAGAUGAGAACGACCACAAAAAGAUCGAAAGUGGAUUAAGUAUAUUUUCGUUAAGAAGAAUUAAAACCCACAUCAGAAACGAUUUUUUCAAUGUUCAGAAAUACGUUGAGCUUUUACUUCGUUGCUUAGAUGUGGAUAGCGUCGAAGUUCACAAUGUCGCACACGCACUUUACGAUGGUGUCUUUAAAUCAAUCACUCCUCCAAGCAGUGUUUGUUUGAUCGACCAUUCCGAAAUUGACACUAUUAGGCCGCCUGAUGAAUUUAUCGACUUGGAAAUCAAAGCAGUAAGAUUUGCAAAGGAAAGGAAGAGGAAAUUGUAUUUUGACAAGUUGAAGAAAUUAGAAAACAGCGUACUUGCAAAAGAGAAAUCCAAUUCCCAUUGGAAGACAACAUCAUUGAACUUGUCAUUGCUCAUUAAUUUACAAUCCUACUUAGAAAUUCCAACUAGUGACGAAGUAUUACAGCUUUUGGCAAAAGAGGCCUCUCGCGACCAUCCUACCAUCUCUCGAUUAGCGUUGAAAGGUGUAACUCGAAUUGUUAACAAGCUAAAUUUGUUAAGUACCCUCGAUUACAAAUUGGAAAAUGCUUAUGAUUUCAAUUUCGUACCAAAGGGUCUCAAACUAGUCGAUACGAGGCCUAAGAAGGGAGAGUCUUAUUUUGUUGAUUGGAGAAAGGAAUUGAGGAACGUACUGGAACCAACUUAUUUCGUUGAUCAUAAAGCAAGCACUGGCUGGUUAUUCUGGAAUGACGCAAUGCCAGUAAUAGCAGCCGGUCCAGUGAUCAAGAUGAGUUUGGAAGUUCUGGACGAGUUGGCAUUAAAAGGAUUCAGCAGCUAUGUGUCUAAGGAGUGGUUUAAAAACAUUGUAAAGCUUUGGGUCACUGAUAACGAUGCCAAUUCUGCAUACCAAGGUACUGACGUUUUUGUGACUUCUACGUUAGUCACUCUAAUUUCAAAGGGAUACAUCGAAGGUAUGACAUUUGAUGACUUACUUGAUAUCGUUCAGGAAAUUUACGUGAAAGACGAUAAAAGUGCACAUAUUGUUGUUUGUGAAUUGUUGGCUGGGAUCCUCCUUGGCUCCAAGAAUUUAAGGCCAGAGCUUGCAAAGAAGCGAGAUGAAUUCGUCCCAGACUUUUUGAGAAACAUUCUUGAGAGCGAUUUAUCUCCCGACAACAAAGGAAUCUGGAAUAUAUUUGCAUGGUGGAUUCCCUCUCAUAUUGAUUGUAGAAGAUUUCCUGAAGUUUUCGACGUCUUCACGGAUAUGACAAUCGACCACACAUCCGAUUCUGCCUUCAAAGAAGCCACUAAGAUUAGUUACAUUAGAUCUGUCGUUGCUGCAAUUACUUGGUGUUCCCCUAACCCUGGUAAGAUUAUGGAUCUAUGCCUAAAGAACAUAAAUCACAGAUACGAGGCAGUUAGAACACAAAUUGGUUCACUCAUGGCAGUGAUGUCAUUCCCAUAUUAUUCUGAAUCAGUUGCAGACAGCUCUGAAUUUAUUCAACGAUGUAAGAGUCAAUCCGGUUUGUCAUUAUACGAUGUUGGCGGAGAUAACAAAUUGAUAUCCUUGGUGCCACAAUUAUUUGAACAAAUUGAAAAUUGGAGAAAGGAAGUUCGAGAAUUACCUCCACAAAUUAUUUUGAGGUCGGACUAUAUUUAUGCUGCCACAACAGUCCUCACUUGGUUGAGGCAGGAGCUAAAUACGAGCAUUUCAGUCUUGUUUCAACCGUACGUGACAAAGUAUUUGGUGCCAUUCCUACUCGAAUUAAUUAACAUGAAGGAAGUAUGUCAAUUGGGAAAUAUUGACCCUAUUUCAGUUGUGAAGAAGGUUUCUCAAAUACCGUAUUCAAAGAAGCACCUCGAUGACAUUGUGCAGAUGCUCGAAAAGUAUUCCAAAGAAGAUUUGAAUAUAAUUCAGACUAUUAUUGUUGGAGAAUUUACUGAAACAAUCUACUUUAAGAACUUAUUCCUCUUUGACAAAUCACAGAGGAAGAGAAUCUUUGAAGUUACAUACAAAUUGAUGUAUCACAAGAAUGUAGAAAUAAGAGAAUUUGAGGCAUCUACAUUAUCUGGUUUAAUCUACAGUUCACCACCUGACGAGGUUGAAGAAAGAGUGAACACAUAUACCAAAGCUUUCAGCAAAGAGAUUGACAUCAUUAGAAAAAAAUAUAGAAAGUCUGGUUACAAGAAUAUUUCCCCAGAGGAUACUAUAAUCCUUCAUGGUGCAACGUUAGGGUUGGGAGCAUUGGUACAUGCUUUCUCAUUUUCUUCUCCUCCUCCUAAAUGGGUUCCUAGUAUUUUAACAAUUUUAUCUAAUAAAGCGUCUGGUAUUCCUGGACUUGUUGGUAAGACGGCAAAGGAAUCCUUAGGUAAGUUCAAGAAAAACAGACAGGACACAUGGCACAUUGAUAGCAAGGUAUUCAGUGAAAGUGAAAUGGAAGAUUUGGAAGGUGUUCUCUGGAAGAGUUAUUUUAUUUGA